GACGUGAAAUCUCAAUGGAUCGGUCGCACUAUAGAAGAUAGUAUCGAACUGAAGAAAAAGUCCGCUACUUCUCACGUUGCUCGUAUGGUUGGUUCUACUGAUGCUGAUGCGGAACCGAAAUACCAAAUUGUCCGUCAUUCUCAACCAUACGGAACCGUUUCUGGCGAUUCCGGUCUGUUCUUCAUUGCUUACGCAGCUAGCCCCGCGGCACUCGACUGGAUGCUUGAUCGUAUGACCGGACAUGGCGAGGAUAAGCAAUGCGAUGAUGUGAUGCGUUUGACACGUUGUGUAUCAGGCAACUAUUGGUACUUCCCUAGCUUUGAAGAAUUUCAACGAAUAACAUCUGUGUCUACUAGCCUGUUUAGCUUUUUGCGCUAA